CGUGGAUAUCAGCACAAGCGCAGACACCCGAAGCAAACGAAGCAGCAGGCGCAGGCACGACAAUGUCUGUACCCAAGAGCAAGGCGAAGAAGCAAGGGUUUGACGUGACCCCGUUCAAGGAUCAUGUCAGAUAUGCGGCCCUCAAACAUGACGACAUUGGCACAGGCGACCAGCUCUGGCUCGUUCGGCUCCCAAAGACGCUGAAGGCAUCCGAUUUGAAUGGCGUCAGCAUCAACCUCAACCCUGGAAACUCCAAUGUCAUGAUUCGCAAGCAAAAGUACGCCGUCUCCGUCACGCCGGCUGGCGAGACAGGCGACAGCUCGAGCCAGUUCCACCCGCUGCUGCCGAGUGUGAAGCGCAACAAGCUGAAGCUGAGCCACGACUUCAGCGGGCAGGUGUCGCUGUCGGCGCCGCUGGACGUGCUCACACCGGUGCUGCCGCCCAUCCCAGAGCGCCCCAAGUUUGAGCACUCGGCCACCAUCCACGCAACAGCGUCCCUCUCCACCAAGCCGGCAGCCGUAUCGGCACAGAGCAAAGGCAAGCCAGCAAAGAAGGUGAAGAAGGAGGCAGACACACCAGCAAAGCAGGGGAAGACGAAGAAGACACAGAGCAAAUCAGCAGCAGCCACGCCGGCAGGGAAGAAGACAAAGACGCCGAAGAAAAAGGCAGCAGCAGCAGAGAAGAGGCAACACACCGAUAGCGAUGGGGAUGGUGGUGAUGAUAACGCGGCGAAGAGGAGCAAGACAGCACAGGACACGCCAAAGAAGAAGAAGAAGAAGACAAAGAAGAAAUUGGGCCCAAAGUAAUCAACACCAGGAAAAGGAUUGUGCUUUUUGUCGUGUAUGAGUGUGUUUGUGUCUGUGUCUGUGUGUGUUGUUGUGUUUCUGCCUGUAUGUGUGUCUGUGUUUGAUUGACGCUUCGUUGUGAGUAAACCCAUUUAUCUGCGUUGCGAAGCAAAACAGCACGCAAGUUGAAAUCAACAUCAACCGCACUCGGACAGUGCAGACGAACAGACGAACACACGCCCGCGAGCGGCAGGCGCAUCCCC